GUAAACUGACCACAUAAAUAAUUAAUCGAAUACAUAGAUGUGUCACUGUUAAAGCAGCGUUUCAAACUGUAUUGUUACUUCAAGAAGGUAACAUAUAGCUGAGGUUCCUGCUCAAGGAUGCGUUCAGGUCUCGUUUGUCUCUCUCUCUCUCUCUCUCACUCUCUCCUAUCCAUGUGGAGUCACGAUAGGCCCUUUGACUGUACGGAGGGAGGAGCUCUUGUGAAGUGAAGCUCAAGCGAAUUCACUGGGCAGAUCGAGAGGCUGGAGAAUCUGUGCCUCCUUCAUACCUUCAGUAAGAGACCGCGGGGGUCAGGCGCUCUCCGAUGCGACGCGGACAGCUGAAUGUUAAUUGCGGACUUUUAUUCAACCACUGGACUAGCUGAACACUGAAACGAGAAGUCCAAAUAAUGCAGGCGCCAAAUAUCUGAAAAUCGCGAAUGGACACGUAAAAAAAAAAAAAAAAAAAAUGAUCAUGGAGAGCUAAGAGCAAGUUGGAUCUGGACUUGUUCCAUGCGUCUUUAUGCGCGGUGGGCUCUUCCGUGCCAAGGAAGCCUUUUAAAAAAGUCCAGGCGUCCGGUUUGUAGUGCAAAACCGGGUGAUUUUGUUUGAUCCACAAAGCACAAAUAACUUGGCCAAGUGGAGCUACAAAGACUCCUGCGCUGCGUAAUUUGGAUACAAGGAAGAAAAAAAAUGCUGGCCCGGAUCGUUUUCAUUUGCUCCUUGUUUGCUGGUGCUAGUUUUGGAGAUACUGAACCCAAGGCUUUGUACGGUGGAGCUUGCAAAUCUUUGUGCACCUGUGAAGAGAAAGAUGGACAAUUGUACAUAAACUGUGAAGACAGAAACAUAAGCAAAAUCUCGGACGUGAAAGUACCGUCAGAUAAACCUUUCCAUUUAAAUCUAUAUAAAAAUGACUUAGUGGAGUUACUUGCAGAGGAAAUGGAUGCUUUCAAGAACGCCGUCACCUUACAUCUCGGUGCAAACAGCAUACAGGAGCUUGAACCUGGCGUGUUCAGUGCACUGGGAUCCCUGAGAAAGCUGCACAUAAACAGCAAUUUCCUGGUCAUGCUGAAGGAGGACACAUUUCACGGUUUGGUUAAUUUGGAAUACCUUCAAGCUGACACCAACUUCAUCCGGUUUGUGGAGCCUGGGGCCUUCAGCAAGCUUGUCCGUCUUAAAGUUCUGAUCCUCAAUGACAACUCCAUCGAGUUCCUACCAAGCAACAUUUUCCGCUUUGUUCCUCUGACACAUUUGGAUCUGCGUGGGAACAAACUGCAGACACUCCCAUACGUGGGUUUCCUGGAACAUAUUGGUCGUAUCAUGGAGCUCCUGUUGGAGGACAAUGACUGGGUGUGCAAUUGCGAAAUCUUGCAUUUGAAGGUCUGGAUUGAGAACAUGCGAGCACAGUCAUCCAUUGGCGAGGUGGUUUGCAACAGACCUGAAGAUCUUAGGGGCACAACUUUGACCAGGGUCAAAAGGGAUUUACUUUGCCCCUCCCAUGCUGACAUCAACCUCGAAGAACCAUCAAAAUCUCUAGACAUGAUUGUCACCCCAUCCACCAAGGUUGUUCAGAUACCAAAUGUCAACGAUGGCACAAGAACACCCACACCUGCAAACGGCCUAGGCACAUUUUGCGUGCCAAUGUGCUCUUGUUCUCCCCAAAGUAUGGGGUUUUUAAUGCACUGUGAGGACCAAGACAUUCAGAGGAUAUCGGAUAUAGGCAUUCUUGAACAAAGCCCAAACAUGCUGAUUUUGACAGGGAAUAUGAUACAGCGACUUUUUAAAUAUGAUUUUGUGACGUACGACAGUUUGGAAUUGCUCAAUUUAGCAAACAACCAAAUAGACUACAUUGACAAUGAAACCUUUCUGAGUUUGAGCAAUUUGAAAAAGCUGUACCUGAAUGGAAAUAGGAUAGAGAAAAUCUCGGUAACAAUGUUUCUUGGCCUUCACAACUUGGAAUACUUGUACUUGGAGUAUAAUGUCAUCAAAGUGAUUGAGGCUGGAUCGUUCAACCCUUUGACAAAUCUAAAGCUCCUGUUGCUAAACAACAAUCUACUCAACACUCUCCCUGCACAAAUAUUUCGUAAUGUGCCCUUGGUGACAUUGAACCUAAGGAAAAAUAUCUUUAUGCACUUACCAGUGAGUAAUGUGUUGGACCAGCUCAAUUAUUUGGAGCAUAUUUAUCUUGAGGACAAUCCUUGGGACUGCACUUGUGAUUUGGUCAGCCUCAAACAGUGGGUAGAAAAGCUAAGCAAGGAGACCGUGGUGGGUACCAUCUUAUGCCACACUCCUCAAAAACUGUCUACUGCUGAGGUUAGAAACCUGAAGCAUGAUGUUCUCUGUCCUGGCUUGGUCACGUAUAAGUCCCUAACUGGAGACACUAAGGACAAUAGUGUAGUCACGAUUGCGCCUGAGGGCGGCACCACCGGCUUCUUCCGAUUUCUGACAGAUGCAGUGCCACUAUCGGUACUCAUCCUCUGCCUUCUCAUCCUUUUUCUGACCUUCAUUUGCUGCGCUGCAGGGAUCAUCGUGUUUGUGCUACACCGUCGGCGGAGACAGGCCAAGAAGAAACAAGUUGAGGAGCAACCUCGCGAGAGCAGUCCCAUCCACCUGCACUAUAGCAUGUAUGGCCAGAAGACCACCCACCAUGUAACUGAAAGUCAAGGACCCGGCAUGUACGACGAACCUGUCCGUAGCCCAAUCAUUCAAGUCUGCAGGAACCCUAGUUACUGCUCUCAGCACAAACAAUAUGAGUUAGAUGAGUACGAUAGCGAGAAACCUAAACAUAUCUGCCAUAGCAUUCUUGACAAGGAGAGUGAAUCCCUACUUGCAGGACCCAAUGUGAAGUUUAGGGCCAUCACCGACUACCCCACUGAGUUUGUGAGUUUGGGAGAUGCAAGCUCCUUGUACAAGAACAUCUUAGAAAGGGAACGGGAACUCCAACAGCUCAGCCUCACUGAAUAUCUCAGGAAAAACAUAUCACAGCUACAACCGGCUGUGGACAUGCAAGUCCCCAACCACCACAAAGAGCUGAAACUAAUGGAGACUCUUGUUUAUACAAGGCCAAGGAAGGUCAUGGUGGAACAGACUAAAAACGAGUACUUUGAACUCAAAGCCAACUUACAUGCCGAACCAGACUAUUUAGAAGUCUUAGAGCAUCAAACGACUUUCAACUGAGAUAAGUACACUGUAUGCUUUGAUUUGACAAAUGAUACUCCAAGUGCCUUGACAGUUCAUUCUGAGCUCUGAUUUAGCCAGAGAGAUAUAAUGCAACAAUGUCAGAGUAGAGGCAAUUCUCACAAUACAAUCAUUUGAUGCAGACACAAUGUCUAAUUUCAGGUGGACCUUUAGCGUUAACAUGCUAUUGGAGAUUGUAGAUGAAGGAUUAUACAUUCUAACAAAAUUCCAGUCACACAGAAAGAGUUGCAAAGUGUUGUCUUUGGACAAGAUUGGCUUUGAUACCAGAACAUUUAGUGUGCAUUGUGGUUAAUGUAUUCUCUUUAUGUUUGGUAGGGAAGACUAGCAUAGAGUCACUUCACAUUUAUAUCUGUGUAUCUCUUAUUACGUACGUGAAAGAUCUUCAAGCACUGUUUAUUUGUAGCAAUGGAAGAAAACAUGUUUUCUUUCUUUUUUCAUUUUCUUUUUUUUCUGUCAUACAGAACAUUUAUGAUUAGUUAAAACUUUCUCUGAUUUGCUAAGUUUUGAAUUAAACAUUCCCAACACAGUUUUUGUUCAUCGAAUAUUAAAUAAUGGUUGUAUUUGGACCUCAAGAUGCCUGAAAAUAACAUUUAUUAAUAACUAAGGCAUCAACAAGAGCGUGUAGCUUGCCAAAUGGCUAUUGUUUUGACCCUAAGAUCAGACUUUAUGAGUGGGAUCAUUUAUUGUGCCUGACCUCUCACCUGGAAUUCUCAACACUCCUGGAGAGUUUAUUCAGAAAUCAUGUCAUUCAGACCCACUUGCUCAUUACCUCCACUGUUUCUGAUAUGGACAAAAACUCUGCUGGGCAUCCUAGGAGAAAAUGAAAAGAAUUGCACUACUUAAAAUAUAAUUCAAAGGUGGUUGAUGACAAUCACAUUGUGGGGCUGCACAGUCUAUGCCAUUUUUUUUCCCAUAGGAAAAUCAAGUAGUGUAGAUUCUGGUUUGUAUAAUGAUGUUGUUUAAAGUUCCUUUUGAAAACAUAAAUCAUAUUCGACUACUUUCUUUCAGCAUGGCAAUUAUGCAGGGUGUUUUAUCUUCAUUAUCUGGUUGGAGAAGAAAAGAAAAUAUAUAUCUAUAUAUGUUCAUGUAUAGAGAAAAUAUGCACACAAAUUAUUGUGUUAAGCCUUGAAAUGUUUUACUGUAUGGAAGAGCACCAUAGCUUUAUUUUGUACUAGUGUGGAUGAGAGUUAUUUAUUCUGUAUAUUUGUACAUAAUUUAACAUUUAUAUAUGUUUGUGUGCCUUUAAUGUGGUACCAAUUAAGCUGUAAAUAAAAAAAAAGUAAAUAAAA